UAAACAAAUGCGGUAGACCGUUGCUAUUUUGAAACGUGCGAAGCGCAAUGUUUUGGCGUGUGCCUCAAUACGAAUUUUGUCCGCGGCCAGAAUGUGUUCAACGUAGUUAAACUGUGUUUAAAAUAGUGUUUAAGAAAUCAUUAGACUGAAUAGCAUACAACAAUGGAUAUUGAAGGCCGUCACAGUGAAUUACGGAAGCGGCUUGAUGUGCUUGGGUUUGGCCAUCCACUGCCAUUGAGUGCCAUCGGGAUCGUGUCGGCAAUUUUAGAUGAUCUGAUACAAACAUCGGAAAAAUUGAAAAAUGCCAAUCACAAAAUCGAACAACUGCAUCAGGAAAAGGUUGCCUGGGAGCUUGGUGUGGAACCGUACAAGUGUGACAAUUCCCGGUUACUGGCCGAAUGCAAUGAGCUGCAUCUGGAGCUGAUCAAGCAGCAAGAUAAACACAUCCUGGCGAACACGGAACUGCGAUCUCGUGUACGAUCGCUCCAGGCGGAAAAGAAACAGCUGGAGGAAAAAUGUCUCCAGGCGGAGUGUAAAAUUCGGGAGCUACAAACAGGCGCCAGCGAGAGUGUGAAAUCGCGCAAGGAUAGCACCAAUAAGCAGCGAAAACCAUUCAUAUCAACCGUAAGAGCGGGCACCUUUUAUCAACCGCCAAAGUGCUGUGAACAGGGCAUGCAACAGUCCGGGGCCCUUCCACAGACCUGUCGCUGUCCGUGCAAUCAAUUGAAGCAAGCCGAUGUACUGCACGAGGUCGAACGAUUGCGCGUUGAAACGCAAAACCAGCAAGGAGUCAUCGAUGCCCUCAAGAAUCAGGUAAAUUCCCGCGACAGGGAAAUUCAACGACUCGGUACACUGUUCGCUGGGGGACGUCCAGCUGCUGCAUUGGCCAAAGACUGUUGCUAUCGUGAUGUUAACGAGCUCGGGCAUGACGUUGCCACGCUGCAACAGGAAAAGUUAUCGCUGCAACAUGAGCUGCAGCAAGUGCAGCAAACACAUGAACGCACCGUCCGGAAGAUUAGUCGACUGUCGGAAAAAAAUCAACAGCUCGAGAAAGAUUUGCGUGUAUUUGAAGGUGUUGCGAUGAAGGUAGAAUCGGAAGCAAACCUCAAUAUUAUUGAGUGCGAUCGUAAAAACUCGGACCUGCAGGUUAAGCUGCAGCAAUCGCAGCUGCGUGUGCGGGAACUUGAAUCCCUGCUAGAACUAUGUUCGGGUGCAAGAAAAAACCAUAACUUAUCCGAUAGUUCCGUAUCUUCCUCUGCCUGCCCGUCGGAUGUAACGCUACAAAAUGCACUAAAACAAUCGACUGAGGAAAAGCGCCAACUCUACAAACAAUUGAACGAUUUGAAAGAUCGCGAACAGACACUUCUGGCGGACUUUGAAAAGGUGAAAACGAAGUAUACAAAGCUGAAGCAAAAAUAUGCCGUCCUGGAUCAAACACAACAUCAGCAUCACGCACAGAACUUGGUGACUAGCAGUGCGGAAAGUCAGGUGGAGCUACAAUCCUUAAAAUAUCGAUGCAAUGAUCUAGAGGAGAAACUGCAACAUAUGAAGAAAGAGCGUGAUCGAUACAGCUCGGAUGCGGAACGUCAGCAUAGCGUUGUGACUCAGUUGAAACGAGAAAGCUUGGCAAAGGAUCAUGAAUUGUCGGAGCUUAAAAAUGAGCUGCAUUCUCAGCGAAAGUCAAACCGGCCAAUAACGGCAUCCACUUCCGGUGCCGGGCGGUUAAAGACGGCUGACUCGAUCGGUUCUGUACAAUCAUCUCUUUCCGUACAAGCGGCUAUUACUCGGGUUGAGCGGGAGAGAGACGUGGCCAAGAGUGAGGUUCGGCAGCUCAUACAAGAACGUGACGCUUUGUACGAAAAGCUAAAACUAUCCGCCCAAAACCAGCAGGGCGAGCAGACCAAGCACGAGCAUUUGGUAGCAGAAUACAGCAGUCAAAUAGAGAAGCUAGAAGCCGAAAAGCGUAACCUUCAUAGUGGACAAGCGGGUGCUCAAAUGAAAGUGAAACUACUGAAGGAAGAAAAUCGGGAAUUACAAAAUCGUGUGAAAGAACUUGAGGAUAGCUAUAGCAAGCUGAAACUUUCCUACUCUCAUUUGAAAAUACUGCAGGAACAAUCGGAAACUGCUCUGAUGCAAUACCAAAAUCGUCUUCUAUGCACCGAAACUCAGUUAGGUACCACAGAGAGCAAGCUUCUUCAUGCCGGCAGCAACGUUGAAGAUGCCCAGCAGACAGUUAGCACUCUGAAAGGAGAAAUUAAUUUGCUGAAGACUUCAAACGCAUCGCUAGUACGAGAGAAAGACAAACUUUUGAUGGAGUUGGAUAAAAAAACGGAAUGUUUGUACGCAGCAGAAGCGGAGUUGUCCGACUUGAAGACGAGAAGGAAAGAUCUCCAGUCGACGAUCGACAAGAUGCAACGGAAGCUUGACAACGUUAGCACGGACAACAUCCAUAAGGAAAGCACACUGCGAAGCGUUUCCACUGAAACGGACACAUUGAAAAAGCAGAUGGCGGCACUGAAGCGUAAAAAUGAUAACGCUUCGACAGAGAAUGGACGCCUGUCGAACGAGCUAACGGACGCCCUUGCCGAACUGACGCUAACGAAGCGGCAACUUAAGGAUUCCCAGCAGGAAGUAGAACGGAUGAAAACGCAAUUACGUGAAUAUGUACAGGAAAUGCAGCGCGCCGAAGAAUUGCUGUCCGAGAAGGAACGUGAAAGAGAACAGAUGCUCGAACGGUACAGAUCGCUUUCUGAAGGAGUCAAUGUGUUGGAGACAAGCAAUCACACUCUCGAAGCAGAAACCAGUGAAGCAAGGAAACUGCUGCAGGAAGCGGAAGAGCGCAUUACAACGAUGGUGGAGCUGAUGAACGAACGCGAGCAAAACAUUCGAGAGUGUGAGCAUCAGAUAAAUGAAUUGUCGGCAAACCUGGCCGCCGCUCAGUCGGAACUGGAUGCAUUGCGGCAGGAAAACAAUUCACUAGCGAUGGAUCUAGAAGCCACCAAGGAGUUGUGCAAUAAGCUCGAUCUGCAGAAGGACAAGCUUCAGGCGGAGCUGGAAGAACAUUCUAACAUUCGCGAGCAGCUCGCUCGCGAAAAGGGCACGCUGCAGAAGCAGCUAACGCUGACGCGCACCGGUGACCGGGCAGCGGUGGACGGACUGCAGGAGUUGCUUACCGCUAGCCGGACCGAAGUGGAGCAGCACCGUAUUGCGCUGGCAAAUCAACAGCAGGACACGGAAAAGCUGCGUAUGGAGGUGGACACGUUGCGCAGACGGUUGACGGAAGAGCAGGAAACGGCCCGCCGCAGUGAAGCGUUGGCCAGCGAGUAUAGUGUGCAGGUGCAGGAACUUAGACGCCGCAUCACGGAUGAAAGGUUUGCACAGAUUCGGUCCCGCGCUGGCGACUCAACGGAACGCGAAGACAUUGAAGAUGAUGAGGACGAAUGCAACAGUAUUAGACAAUACUUAGAAGCAGCGAAUAAAGCAAGAGAAAAGCAUUCGAAGAAUGAGUUAGUUGCAGUGAAAAGUUCGAAAGAAAAUUUUAAUGUGAAGCUAGUACAAACAAUGGGAACACAAACGUCCUUGCGGAAAGUGAAACGUUCCAAUACACGGGAAAAAGGCGUACAAAAGUCCGAGUCGAAAAUGGUCGCUCCCAUUGGUUGGAAAAUUACGAAAUAUGAACGUUCUGCUUUAAAAGCUGCUACAAAACCGGACGAGUUAAAUACUGCGGAAACUGACCAGAGUCAAGAUUAUAGUGAAGAUAGUUCAAUCACAUCUUCGUCACUCGACGGACAUUCCGUUGCCUCGGAAGCGUAUACUUCGUUGUCGUAUGAAAUAAUCGAUCAGCGAGCGACGGAAGACGGUGGCGUUGAUAGGGCGACCGGCGCAUCCAGCAUCGUUAAGGGACAAAUGGAUGGGACCGGGUCAACGGUAGUCAUCUAUAAAACUAAAGCCGGCGAACGUUUGGUGCUGAAGGGCUUACGAACGAGCGAACCGGACCGUAACGAGCAAUGUGCGAGCAGUCGGAUGCACCCAACCAACCAUCCUUUGGUUAUUGCCCGUAACGUUGAUGAAGCUGUACCUCCACAAUAUCACCACACCCCGAAUGGAAGAGUAAUGAUAAUUGAUGAACCUUCCGUUGGUACAAGUUUCGGUACCGAGCCCGCUGCCAUCGAUUGUAACACGACCAUAACCGCAACGACCGGUGCCGAAACAACGGUGGACACGAGGGCAAAAAUAUUGCUCCACUCGUCCUCGCAUGGUGAAGGAACAUCUACUAAUAAUGCUGUUUCUAGCAAUAUGCUCGUGCCGAUGCAAACGACCAAUGAAGUUAAAAUUGAGCCCUCAUCAACCACCCACAAUUAUCAUCUGCGGUUUCACUUAAAAAUGCCAGCACAACAAAGUAGCAAACCGGCAUAACGAAGC